AAAGUACUAUAUGAUAUAACUGGAGUUGUUAUACAUCAAUUGUCAGUCAACAUUCAUUCUUUGAAACUACAGUCUAGGCUACACAUCAUAUUGAUAACAUAGUGCAUCACAUAAGCAUAUGAAAGAUAUAAAAAUUAAACAUGGUGUGCAUAAUAUGAUGUAAUAUUGAUAUAUUCUUAUAUAAUUGAUUGCAUAAUCUUGUUUCUCACAAAAUAUCAACGUUGUAUAACAUUUCAAUGUUGUAUAACAAUAGUAAUCCAGGCAGCCUGUUUAGAAUCUCAACAUAAGAUAUCUUAAAAACGUCUUGAAGAUAUUUUAUAAUAUAAUGUAUAAAAGACGACUAAAUAAUGUCUUAUGUUCCGAUUUUGGUGCUGUCUAAGUCUAAGAAACUGUACAAUAAGCAAUACUCAUCUAUUUUGAUUCAACACCAUUACAAUGUAUUUAGAAAUCCAUCUUACGCAGCAUUUAAAUCUCCAGAGCACUAGCAUGAUCCGCAUUCAAAAUGUCAUCCUAUAUGAAAUAUAGUAAUGUUCGCUAUCUAAAUACAUUUUAACUGAGGAAAUACAAUGAUAUAAUCAAUAAAAAAUACUAUUUGAGAUAUAGUCAGAUAAGUACAAUUACUUUUCUACGGAUAUUCUGCCAAGUCAAAAGCUACGUUUUGCUUACUGCUAUUAUCCGUGAAUUAUCUUUACAAAACGUUAACCCUUUCAUAGCUUCCAGAAAACUUUCUGUUCCUUACUGUGAGGGAAAAAUCAAAAAAAUCUGCACGCAAUCUCUUUGAAAGUUUUCAUACAUUAGUUAUCCGUUUGACGUGGCUCUUCGGUCCCCUCGAUACGCAGGCGCGCAUGAAUUAUAAAUUACUUUUCUCCCAACAAAGGUUGCUCGCUGCGCACAGGCGUGUCUUUUCUCUGUAUCGCGCGUUACAGGCAUAUUUCCAUGCUACGCGGUAUCAUACCAUGAAGUGGAAGGACUCCUUGUAAGAAAUUGUAGAAUCAAUUUCUGUUUUUCAAGAUGUUUGCCAACAAGUAUUACGAACGCGACAUAGGGAACGCUUUCGCGAUGCAUCGCUUCUUCUUUCGCAUGAUAGGCUUAUGGCCAUUCGCGCACGCAAAUUCUCUUCUUCUGGAACAGUUAGAGACAAUCGUGGUGGUUUUCGUGUGUUUCGCGUGUCUCAUUGUCGAAGCAGUUCCGACCUUGCUCUAUGUAUUCAUGGUGCUGACGGACAUUCGUGUGCAACUGAAAGUCAUGGGCAGCGCGAUGUUCACCACAGUUGAAAUCAUGAAGUAUGUUUACAUGCUGUUUUACAAAAGUCAAAUGCGAAACUGUCUAAUAUUGGUCGACGAAGACUGGCAAAACGUCGUCAGUCCGAGCGAUCGCACCUCGAUGAUAGAAAAAGUUAAGAUUUGUAAACGUCUGGUUGUGUUGUGUGCCGUAAUCCUAUAUAGCCUCAACAUAAUUGUUCGAAUAGUCAUACCGUUGUCAGUAGGAAAGAUCGUUACUCCACAAAAUAUCACAAUCAGACCAAUGCCGCAUGUGGCCUAUCUGGUCAUACUUGAUGUGCAGCAGAGUCCAGUUUAUGAAAUCACAUAUAUCAUGCAAUUACUAGGAGGCUUUUUCAAGUAUACGAUUGUAGUGACAACCUUUAGUUUCGUGACUCUUUGCGCGAUGCACUUUUGCUCACAAUCGAACAUACUUAUAACAUUAAUAAAUGAUUUCGUGAACGAGAGUCGACCGGAAAACUUGAACAAGAAGCUGUCCAUUGUCGUGGAGCAUCAAAUCAGAAUAAAGAAUUUCUUGCAAUUGGUGCAGAGCGUCACCCAGUAUCCAAGUUUAGUAGAAGUCCUGGGAUCUACUGUGAUGCUAUGCUUCGUAGGAUAUUGCAUUAUCACGGAAUGGGAAGAUCAGAAUAUUCUUCGUCUGUGUGUAUAUUCCCUCAUACUAGUAAUGUUCGUUUUCAACGUAUUUAUUUACUGUUAUAUGGGCGAACAAAUCAUCGAGCACGCAGGACAAGUAGCAUUAACAGCAUGCACUUUGGAAUGGUACCGUCUUCCGGAUACACAAGCACGGGCGUUGAUUUUACUUAUAAUCGUUUCUGAAACUCCAUUUAAGCUUAAAGCAGGAAGUUUCAUUGAUCUUUCUCUCAGAACGUUUGGCAAUAUUACCAAGAUGGCCUUAACAUACUUUAAUAUUCUUCGCUCGCUUUUAUGAAUUUCAAGAAUUAAUAGUAAAUAUGUAGAUAGUAGAGUAAAAAUCUUGAUAGCAAUAAAAAUCUGUAACUAUAAAAUAGA